AUGACUCGCCCUUACCAAUAUUCGAACCCCCGACAACUUCAAGAAACCGCUUCCCUUCUUCGACAGCAUCCAAAAGGUCUAGGGGACGCCGACGAUCGAGGCAGGUGUAAUGGCGACCGCAAGAUAGUCGAACUGGCUCACAAGGGCUCCGAGAUUAUCUCCUUCCAGGUAGUCGAGAAUGUCUGCCGCGGCUGCUGGCAUGAGCCCGCCAGAAUCCUCAAUAACGACCACAUCAUGGAGUUGCGUCCUUACGAUAACGACUACUUUCCCGUCAAAGACGGCGAUAUCUGCUAUCUUUUCGCUACCAUAUCUACGAAGUGCAUCAGCUGCCAUAAAACAUGGGUCGACGGCAGUGAAGAAGCCUGCGGCGACUAUCAUAUAGUCCUCCACAGCUCUUACUCACUCUCCAAGUGCCCGACUCGAGCAGCGGAAUGGAACCUACCAGAGCCCUUGAUCAUCAGAGUUGGAGAGCCACGACCCGAAUGGACGAUAGAAGACCCACCAAUUUUUAGUCCCUAUAUCACCGAAGCUCAGAACGCCGACGUCUUCUCAUCAAUCGUCCCUCAAAAAUCGACCAUCGAAGCCGUAGUGGAAAACGGAUACAUCACCCGCUUCCGAAAAGUCGACAAGCGGUGCGCCUGCGGUAAAGUUCCAUGGUCCAUCGACAAGCCGGGCGGUCAGAGGUGGACGACGAUCCGAAAGGCCUGGUGCAUUCCGGUCGUUGUGGACAAGAUCUGCUAUUGCUUCUGCGACGUGAGCGUCGUCUGUGGGCACUGCAAGAAGCCGUGGGCGGAGCUCCCAGCGGGCGAGGAGAAGAGGCCGUAUGCGUUGUUGCUGCUGGACACAUUGGCUGCUCAUUCGCUGCCGCCGGGUGCGAUGGCGCCGCUCAAGCUACGAGCUGCUCCCCCAUUGCCAGCUAAGGUUGAGAAUCAGGAACCUGUGAAGGGCGAGGGACAGAGGAGCUUGGUGAGUAGAGUCUUCCGUAGGCGGAGCUCUGCAAGAACUGAGAAGUCGUUCGGCACUGGGAAAGGAUAUGUGCUGCACGUAAGCACAAUCGGUCCAGAUAAUAAGUGA